AGAGAGAGGGGAGGAGACAGAGAGUGAGUGAAGUGGUGGUCUCUCAGGGAGAGAGACACGGUAAGUACCAAGGUCCUGAGGGAUAGGAAGGUAGAUAUACCUCAGUGUCUGCUAUAAAAACUACCAGCGCAUGGACCUGCAGAGACAAAGUAACAAUAACAGCCACUUGUGCUCCGAUACAGAUCUCCUAAAGAGUAGAUCACCCGUGAAAGACAAUAGUUAGGAACAGAACAGCAGCAUACCAACAGCAGACCUACAAACGGUCAGGAGGGUGUUGAAGUCUAUUUAGAUGCUGACGAGGACCCAGACAAGCUGAACAGAGACAGACGUUCCCAUUUGAGAAAACUCUACAAUGACAGCUGCAGCUCAGGAACUGGACGAGCUAUGUUUCCUCUCAGCCCAGUCCAUGUCCACUCUGGAGACCUCCGACCACUUCCAGAUGGUCAAGCUGCUGGGAGAGGGAUCCUACGGCAAGGUCAUGAUGGCCGUCCACAAGAAGAGAGGCACUCCCAUGGCUCUGAAGUUCUUCCCCCGCCAGUCCACAUCCCUCUUCUCUUUCCUGCGUGAAUACAACCUCUCCCUUUCUUAUUGCACUCAUCCCUCUCUCACCCGGGCCCUGGGUAUCUUCUUCUCCACCCCCUGCUACUAUGUCUUCGCCCAGCAGGCUGGUCUCUAUGGAGACCUCUACAGUGUCAUCGUGUCAGAGGUGGGUGUCGAUGAAGAGUGUGUCCAGAGGGUGAUGUCUCAGCUGAGUGGUGCCGUCUCACACCUCCACUCCAUGGGCUUCGUCCACCGGGACAUCAAACCAGAGAACAUCUUCCUGUGUGACCGCACCUGUCGCUGGGUCAAACUGGGUGACUUCGGCCUGGCCCGCCCCACUGGCUGCACUAUCCGUGCCGUCUGGUACGACUCACCCUUCUGCACACCUGAGGUGGAGCAGGCCAAAGAGUCUGAGAAAGUGAGGGAGCAGAGAGAGGAGGAUGGAGAGGAGGAGGAGAACAUUUGGAUCACAGUGGAGACCACUAUAGACAGCUGGGCCCUGGGCGUGCUGGUCUACUGCCUGCUGACGGGAUGCUUUCCCUGGGAAGAGACCACGCACAACGACCCCGCCUACAGGAGGUACAAGGAGUGGUAUGACCGCGAGAUGGAGAGGGAGGAAAGGAGCGAGGGACUGAGAGGGGAGGAGGAAGUAAUUUGGUGUGAAGGUGAAAGGGAAAAGGACAAUAUCAUGAGCCUGGAGAUGAAUCAGAAGUCGAACCCUGUGGCCCCACAGUUUGAAGGCUUCAGUCCACUGUUGAUGUCUCUUUUCAGGGAGUUGCUUAACCCACAGCCCAGGCUUCGAGGAGGCCCUGACGAGAUCCUCAGCUACCUGGGUGGGCCCUGGUUGAUGGAGACGGAGAGAGAGGAGAAGAGGAAAGCAGAGGAGGUAGAGAAGGAGGCCAGGAAAAUAAGAGAGGCAGGAACAGUGGAGGAAGGGAGGGAGAGGGAGGGAAGAGGGGAGAGAUAAAGUGUUUUAUACUAGACAGGUUCGAGAAUUUUUAAGAUGUACUGUACAUUUUCAAAGAGAAUAUUUGCUUUAUAGAGGUUGACAUUCAGAAUAUUUUGCUGAACAUUUCUUACUCUGUAUUGAUAGAACUUUAUUUUGAUAUUGUUGUAUGUUUUAUCUUGUAAUAGUUCUCUACAGUGUAGUGCAACUUAAUAUAAUGUGUGUGUGUGAGCGUGCAUGUGCCAUACCUGCCUGUGUAUGUGCGUGCUUGAACAUGAUCGUGAGUGUGCAUGUGGGCUUAGGGGCAGCUAGCCUCUUAAGAGAAUACAUGGAUUGGUUCUCCUUCAACACACAGGCAGUAUUAUAAUGAUCACUCUAUGACACUUUAAGUUGUAAAAAUAUCUGAAUAAACCAGUUUGUAUUUA